CCAUGUGAUGUUUUAUCACCACGGCGCCAUGCACUUGUGCACCGGGGAGGCGCGGUCACUUUGCUGCACGGGACAAAGCACUUUGAUGCCGUUUGGUUUGUUACAAAUGUUAGUGUUGUCUUGUUUUCCCGUUUUUGUCAGUGUACAAAUCAAUUAAACCGCGUGAUGACCUUUAAUCGAAACCGUGUGUAAGGGUCACAAAUCAGCAUUGAAAGUGAGGUCCUCCCGUCUCUCCUCACGGUCCGCCCCCGUCCACCUUUCUCACGCGGGUGUGACAUUUUCUGAGCGCCACAUAGAAGUCGCAUAGCAGCGCGGCGACAUGACGGACCCCAAACUGCCGGACUCGUCCGCCGCCCCGGACUCGGUAGCAGCAAAAGAGCCCACGGGGGGAAACGAUCAGUACCAACAGACGGACUCCCCCAACCAGCGCCACCAGGCCAGCAACGGCAGUCAGGGAGAACUGAUCAAGAUGGACCAGGAGAUGAGGAUUACCGAGAGCAUAGAAGACGGAGGUCUUCUGGAGAGCAGCAUGCGCCUGAAACCACAUGAAGCACAAAGCUACCGCAAGAAGGCACUGUGGGUGUCCUGGGUGUCCAUUGGGGCGACCAUCAUCCUAGCCAUCGCUGCCUUCACUGUCUCCAUCAUGCGACACAGCGCUUCUGCUUUUGGAUUUGCUUUUGACGCUAUGCUGGAUGUCCUGUCCUCAGUUAUUGUGCUGUGGCGUUACAGCAAUGCUGCAGCCGUCCACUCAGCUCAUCGGGAAUACAUAGCCUGCAUAAUCCUGGGUGUGAUUUUCAUCUUGUCAUCCUUGUGCAUAAUGGGAAAGGCCAUCCAUGACCUGGCCACCAAGCUGCUGCCUGAAGUGGAUGACUUCCUCUUCAGUGUCUCCAUUGUCAGCGGAGUGGUCUGCAUCUUACUGGCCGUGAUCAAGUUCAUGCUUGGAAAGGUGCUCACGAGUCGGGCCCUCAUCACGGACGGCUUUAACUCAAUGGUGGGGGGCGUCAUGGGCUUCUCCAUCCUUAUCAGUGCAGAAGUGUUUAAGCACGAGCCCAUGGUGUGGUACCUAGACGGGACAAUAGGUGUCCUCAUUGGCCUGAUCAUCUUUGCGUAUGGAGUCAAGUUACUGCUGGACAUGGUCCCACGAGUGAGACAAACCAGAAAUUACGAACGCUUUGAGUAACGCCACACUGUCUGGCUCAUAGUGGAGAUGUUGACAAGGAGAGAGAGACUGAAAAGAGGAAGGGGCCGGUCAACACAGCACCCCCUCUCUGCAGAAUUUAUGUGGCAGAUACCGCUCCAUUCAAUUCUUUAAACUGCAUUGAGAAUGUUGACUGUUUUAGAAUGCAAUCUACUCCACACGACAUCAACUAUCGUUAUGAGGUUGAUCAAGACGGCUUCGUAUUUGAAUAAGAUAAGGGGACUUUCCCUAAGUUGCUGACACAAACUGCCACAUGUUGUUUUUUCCCACAGUCAUUCAAGAAGCCUGCCUUCCUCUAUGUGGCAGUAGUCAGUCAUGAGGGAAUUGGACCACAGCAGGAGUCAAAAUGCAAUAGGAAUGUAAAGAACUGUGCUGGUCUGCUGUUUUCAAAGAAUUUUCAUGAUGGCAUCGAUGAAUAUAACUGACUGUAUGCACGUUGCUGUUAAUCUUUAAGAGCAUUUGGGAGCUUUUGAUGAAAACACAGUCAAAUCCAAAUAGUUUAUGCCUACAUAAAUAUUUU